AUAGAACGGACAUGUUGGACCCGUCACGUUCAUCACUGCUAGCAGUCCAGUAUUAUAUAGUCAAAGGUCACUAAUAGUCACUAGACGAGAAAACGUGACUCGUGAGCAUGAUCCUUCCUUAUCAAAUUUUGGUUUGGCACAAUUUUUUUCAUUUUUUCAUUCGAUUGAUUAUUAACCAUGGUGAUUAGCGAAUAAUAUUUUGAUUAACGAUCGUUUAUUAUAACAAUUAACAACUAAAACUUAUAAAGUCGAUGCUGCGUCCUCUUUUCGUUAAAUUGUUUCUAUAGGAAAACGAUAGCCGCUAGUUUAAUCGCCGCAGGCUCGUUCGAGAUUAUUAUGCGAGUGUUUUUUAAACGGUGAAAAAAUAUCGUUUUUGCACGAAAAUAUCGAUGCGAUAUGGGUUCCAAGGCCAAUGAAAUUCUCAGCGGUUUUCAAGUAAACUGGAUGAAUAUUCGUGACGCCGAAACUGGAACGCUUCUGUGGCAGAGUAACGAAGAUCUUUCGUUUCCGGACAAAGAACACGAAGCCAGAGUACCGAAGAAAAUUUUAAAGUGUAAAGCCGUAUCUCGAGAAAUCAAUUUCACGUCCGUCGAACCGAUGGAAAAAUUAAGGCUAGAGCAAAAAAUUCUGUUCAAGGGCAGAUACUUGGAAGAAUGGUAUUUCGAAUUCGGUUUCGUCAUUCCCAAUUCCACGAAUACGUGGCAAUCGAUUAUCGAAGCUGCGCCCGAAUCGCAAAUGAUGCCGGCCAACGUGCUCAACGGAAAUGUCGUUAUAGAAACGAGUUUUUACGAUGACGAUUUACUGAUCUCGACGUCGAAACUGAGGUUAUUUUACGUAUAAAAACGACUCGCUGCGAUUGCGUUACAUGGAAUGGUGUCGUUAAACGGCUUCUCAAGUUGAAUUUCACACCACUGUCUCAUCGUCGUCGUCGUCGUCAUUAUCAUCACUCGUAUUGCGGUCAUUUUUUUGUAGAAAAAUCAACACGUCGUCGCGUAAGCGCAAGAUGGUUUGUACGUAAACGGAGAAAUUACAUAAGUUGUACGCCGCGCCGCGCCGCCGGCCCGGCAAUAGUAGCUAGCUACCGGCUACCGGCUACCGUACGUAGCUGCGAACCACCGUGCUAUCUACGUUUUAUACGAAAGCGUAUGUGCGAGGUGUAUACGCAGUAUGCUGUCUGUGCGAUGUGCAUCAGCGCCAAAGUUUGUUUGCUGUUUCGGUCUCUAACCGUGUACGGCUUCGUCGAUCGUCGAUCGUCCAUUUGUCGUUUGUACAACUUGUUGCAAUACGAGUAUCACGGCUAUUCGCACCUCGCGACGAUGGUAAAUAAUAAUACCCGGUUACGACUACGAGUAUCAUCGUUGACUAUACUUUCGAUUUCGAUUGAUCGCGGGCGGAACGGAGGCUGGCCGAUUAACGCUAAACGCUUACAUUGUUCGCGUGAUUGGGCGCCCGCGCCCGCGCCCGCGCCAUGCACCAUUCCGCCAACAACCGCCCAUCAGAUAGCGGAUUGAUUUUUCAUUUUCAAAAAUGCGCGACAUGCGAUAUACCUAGCGCAAAGUGCAUCGUGCAUCGUGCAUUCGUUAAAUACCCACUAGCCCACUCGUUAGUGGCAUUGAGCCGCCGUUUGUUUUUCGUAUUUCUCGUAUAGGUACCUUGUAGUAAAAUGUUUGUUUGUCGGAACAUUGCAAGCGCAUUCGUUUCUACAAUGACACCAUCAUCAACAUUAUUAUUAUCAUCGCAAUAUGUAAAUGUAAAUGUACGGAAACGAUUGUUUUGUUCUGUGUAAUGUAUAGGUCUACUGUUAGCGAUUGAUAAUGAUAGAUACUCGUAUACAGUACCGUACAAAUGUUUGUAUUUUCAAUUUUGUAUUCUGUGAAAAAUGUAUCUAUGUGUAUUGUGUAAUGUAAAUAUAACUUGCGAUCGUC